AUGGACAGUGCUGGUCUAUUUGUCUAUGGCUGGGCUCUUAUAGUAGCCCUUCUCCUCGUCCUUAUUUACGAUCGUUGCAGGUUUUCUGAGCUUAGUGUCAUUCCUGCGAUCGGCCCAUCAGGUGCAGUCUCCUCAUGGCUUGGCGCCGUCCGCUUCAUAAAGGAUGCUCCAGCCAUGGUGCAGGAAGGCUAUGAGAAGCACAAAGGCGGGAUGUUCAGAGUGCCAUUGUUUGACAAAUGGGUCGUAGUUCUGACUGGGCCGCGGCUAAUAGAGGAGCUGAGGAAAGUGCCGGAAGACGAGCUCUCGUUUGAUCACGCUAUGCGAGAUCUUCUUCAAGUCAAAUAUACAUUUGGCAUCGACGCACAAGAAUAUCCCUAUCACAUCCAAGUCACUCGCAACCAUCUCUCUCGAAACCUUCAAGCGCUCUUUCCUGAUGUUUACAACGAGAUCAUUGACACAUUCAGCACCAUCAUACCAUCAGCCCAAAAUGGUUGGGCUAAGGUUCGCAUAUACCCGGAGAUCAUGAAGGCUAUGUGUCGCGUAAGCAAUCGCCUCUUUGUAGGGCUUCCGCUAUGCCGAUCCCCUGAAUUUGAAGCCCUGCAACAGCAAUUCGCUUUACAAGUGGUAUUGCGUGCAACUCUCGUGAAUUUUUUCCCAAAAUUUGCACAUCCGAUCAUUGGUCGAUUAUUGACGAACACGCCCAGUAGUAUUAGGGCAUGCAUGGCACUUCUGGAACCUAUCGUGCAAGAACGACUGCAGACUCUAGAACAAGGCGGGGAUGCUCAACCUAAUGACAUGAUUAGUUGGCUCAUUGACGUAUCCGACGAUGAACACAGGAAUCUUCGGAGUAUAUGUUUACGGAUUUUGGUCCUCAAUUUCGCUGCAUUGCAUACAUCAGCUCAGUAUUGCACACCUCUUCGAGAGGAAGCUUCAGCUGUCAUUGAUCAAGAUGGAUGGUCGAAGACUGCGAUGACGAAACUCGUCAAGAUGGACAGCUUUCUCAAGGAAUCCCAACGAUUCAAUAGUACCACUCUCUUCCCUAUGAUGCGCAAAGCAAUGCGGCAAUUCGUAUUCUCGGAUGGUACUGUGAUACCCAGCGGAACUCACGUCGUUGUCGCUUCAUUACCUAUGCAUCUCGACGAGGAAUACUUCGAAAGCGCGUCUGAGUUUCAACCUUUCCGGUUUUCACAACGGCGCGAGGACAAUGGAGAAGACCCACAAAGCCUGCUAGCUUCCACAAGUGCAAGCUAUAUUCCUUUUGGGUAUGGACAUCAUGCUUGUCCCGGUCGCUUCUUUGCUUCUAGUGUGAUGAAAGCCAUGAUGGCUUAUCUUGUGCUAAACUAUGAUAUUAAAUUGGAAAAAGAAGGCGAGCGUCCCCCAGAUGAAUGGUUUCUGAUGAAUUGCUCUCCCAACCGGAAGGCAGAGGUUAUGUUUAGACGGCGACGGCCCUGA